AUGAUCGUCCCCUUUUUCGGCGUUUUCGCCGUCAUCGCGUUGGUUGGUUCGUUUCUCCGUGUGCCCGGAGUCUCGGACCCCAGCGAUGGGGUUCUCAAGCGACUUGGGAACUCCUUCAAGACCGUUGUUGCCGCCAUGACCAUCCAUGACUUGGCGGAGGAUAUCUCCCAGUACGUCUCUCCUUGGCACGAGGAUGAGGUGUACCCCGUUCACCUCGCGGUGUUCGGCGAGUCUGGUGGUAUCGAGCUCGCGACCAGCAAGGAACUCCAGCUGGUAGAGGACAGGUCCCUGGCAAGGAUUACGUCCGAGUGUCCCGUCCCUUUGGCGACGGUGUGGGAGCUUCCUCUGUGGACUUCCCUCGAUCCACCUGAGACGGUUUGGACUCCGAGUCCAACGUUUGUUACUGAGCCACCAAAGCCGGUGCAAAUGCCCACCGUUCUCACGUGGCUUGUGCGCAACAUGACCUAUCUCUUCUGGUUGUUCACCAGUACGGUGCAUUUGCUCAUCAUGGUUUCGACCAUGUGGCUGAUGCUCCUUACUGUGUGGAUGGUACUCGGCCCCGAUGUUCCCGCACUUCGACAGGCUUAUGCCGAGGUCAUCGAUUGGUUUCUCGGUGUUUUGGAAGGCCAGCCACAGACAGCUCGUCUUGUGGUUGGGAGUUCCCCGUCAGUUUAUGACCAGGUGGAACUUCUUGUUGGUCCGAAGGAGCUCGGCGAGACCGUCGGCAACCCGCAGGCGUCUGACUCUCGUACCAAAUAUGACCCCUUCGAAGGCCCGUUGAACCCUUACGUCCGGAUUCAAGGCCUGAUGGAUGAUCUGUCCACCAGCAUUUCGCUUCUGGAACAAGCCCAUGUGAUUCAAGCCUUGAACUUGUCAGCGUACCACAAGGAACUCGACAGGCUUCACGAAGAAGGUCAUCAUUUGCUUUGCAUCGACGGGCGCGAGCACCAGCAAGAGGAAGGAGUUGCCGAUGUCGCGGCUGCAGGCCCCUCGGCGCUUCAAUCCCCGGCGUCUCAGUCAAUUCCCCCGGAACAGCCGGCUGCCGAAGGUGACCCCUCUGUGGAGAUGGGCGGCGCUUCUGACUCUGAGGGCUCGGCCAAUUUGGCUGGGCCCCGGAAGAAGAGGAAACGCCCCUCCCUGAAGGCGCGUCGUCGAAAGCAUGCUCAGGCUGCCCGGGCACGUCGGGAGGAACUGGAGCGAGGACCCGCCAAGUCCACCGAGGGUACCUAG